GGGAAGGCAAAUGUCUGGCUUUCGAACUUAGCAAUGAGUUUGGACUUAUGGGAUUUCUUUACGUAACACCGGAAGCGAGAGGUCAGGGUUUAGCGAAAAUCAUUUCGAGUCACCUGGCUAACAAACUGUUCUCAGACAAUUUACCGGCAGCGGUCACAGUGUUAUACGAGAAUGCAGUGUCCUUGAAGUUGCACGAGGAUUUAGGGUUCAAGAUCAAGUGUACGCUUGACAUACUGAUCUCUAGGUCACCGGAUGAGUUUCAAUAAAUAUUUUAUUUGAACGUUAUGAUAUCUUUCCAUGGUGUACUGCCCCAUUCAAUUAAUCACUCUUAACCCAAGAAAGUUGAAGACUUACUGGUCAGUAAAUUCUCACACGAUAAAGAGGUCUCAACAAGUAUUUCACCAAAGAAACUCUGUGGCCAUCCGGUAACAUUUGUACACCCCUGACUUCGUAAUUUUUACUUUAAGAUGAAGGAUAAUAAAUACAUAUUGCUAUGGGUUAUAUUUAUUUCCAUAUGCAAGGGAAGCAACAGAGAAAAAAAAACUGCUAAC